AUGUUGAGCGAUACGACUGAAAGUCUGUUCGAGUCCUUGCCGCAAUUAACCAAAUUGGAGAGCUAUUCUGUUGGUGUGGAUUUUUUGAAGAAACUCUUUGAAAUUGCUCCACAAAUAAGCAGCUUGACGACGAUCGUAGAUACCCCAGCUUUACAUUUCAUCUGCGAAAACUUUAAGAAUCUCAGUUUCUUGGAUUUGCUAUUUACGGCCGAUGAUCAGGAGGAAAGCGAUGCCUUGGCCAGAAUUGAUCAGUUGGCUCGACUGAAGGAACUUGUUUUAAUAAGCUGUCCCGUGCGCAAUGUUGUUUUCCCUCACAGCAAUGUUCGUUGCUUGACAUUGAAAACGUGUAAAAAGUUAACGGACGAAGAUCUUCUCAAGUUACCAGAACGGUUCCCCAUGCUGAAACGAUUGACAAUUAAAUAUUGUAAUUUGGUAUCUGUGGCUGGCAUCAAUCUGCUGCACAAAUCUAUUCCAACUUGUAGAAUCGACUUAAAUGGGCAACGAUUCUAUCCCCUGGCUUGAAAAUACGAUGGAACUGAAUGUGAAGGAAUAUUUCGUUGUAGGUUGAAAAGAAUCUGUACAUUUAGAAAUGUAAGGGUGAUUUUCAAUGGUAAGCUAUGUAAUGUUAAUUUUUACCACUAACAGCGCCAGUCAGCUUCAUUGACCAGAACGGCACAAGAGCCUUAAAGAUAGGGU